CAGCUCCAGCAGGGACCCAGCCAGAGCCGCCUGCUCGCUCGGCCCAGCGGCAGCGGCGGCGCCGUCAUGGACUGGCUCAUGGGCGGCGAAAGACCUGUACUUUCUCAAACUCCCAAAACUGGAUUAAGCUGCAAAAUGGUCCUACAGGCAGUGGGCAAAGUAUUAAGGAAAUCCAAGGGAAAACCAAAUGGUAAAAAGCCUGCACCAGAAGAAAAGAAACUCUACUUAGAGCCAGAAUAUACAAAGUCCAGGAUCACUGACUUUGAAUUCAAAGAAUUAGUCAUGUUACCACGUGAAAUAGAUCUUAAUGAAUGGCUAGCUAGCAACACAACAACAUUUUUCCAUCAUAUCAAUUUACAGUAUAGUACAAUCUCUGAAUUUUGUACGGGAGAGUCAUGUCAGACCAUGGCAGUGUGCAAUACACAAUACUACUGGUAUGAUGAACGGGGAAAGAAGAUCAAAUGUACUGCCCCUCAGUAUGUUGAUUUUGUCAUGAGCUCAGUGCAGAAGCUAGUGACAGAUGAGGACGUCUUUCCUACAAAAUAUGGCAAGGAAUUCCCCAACUCCUUUGAGUCUCUAGUGAAGAAAAUUUGCAAGUACUUGUUCCAUGUGCUGGCCCACAUCUAUUCAUCACACUUCAAGGAAACAUUGGCACUGGAGUUGCAUGGACAUUUGAACACACUCUACAUACACUUCAUCCUAUUCAUCAGGGAGUUCAACCUGGUGGACCCUAAAGAAACCACCAUCAUGGACGACCUCACAGAGGUCCUCUGUAGCAGCAGUGGGAGCAGCAGCAGCAGUAAUGGAAGCGGCAAUGGCAGCAGUGGUAGUGGCAGCAGCAGCGGGGGCAGCAGUAGCGCCGGAGCACAGAAUCAUGUGAAAGAGAGAUGAGUCUUCCCAACAGGAACAAGCUAAAUGCUAACACUUUUUUUUAAAAAAAAUACUCUAUAUUCUCUGUGUGUAUGUGUAUGUAUAUGUGCAUAUGUAUAUAUAUACAAACAUACACAGCCAUGACAGUUUAAGCAAUUAUGCUGCCACCACAGGACAUGUAGAUGUACGGGACUGUAUGGAGCUUUGGUUAAAUGCAUCAUCCUUGGCAAGAAGUUGCACCAAUUUUAUUUUAUUUCCCCCCCCCCCCCCCCCCCCGCUGCCUUUCUUCCCUUCCCCAUGAGAUGGAUGAUGAGUGCUGUUUUUAGAGAAGAACCACAUUUUUUUGAGUUGGGCUACUGCUUUUGAGGUUUGUUUUGUUUUGUUUUGUUCUGCCACUCCCCUCCCUUUUAGGUGGGAGGGAGUCCUUGAAUGCAAGCCCCUUUCUGUCUCUUCAUCUCUCUAGGAUGGUGGUACUGCCAUUUUAAAAAUGUUAUAAGAAAUGACUUGUAAAGAUGCAGAUACUUUGUUGUUCUGUGAGGGGGUGGCAUUAAGAUUUCUUUGUUUUUACCUAAAUUGACACUUUCCUUCCCCUUCUUUGACCUUUUGCAUCUAGCCCUUUGGGUGGCUUAUAAUGGAAAGAAGAGCUUUGGCUCAACUAGAGUAGCAAUAAGGUUUCCAGCACACUUAAUGGAUGUGGAUCUCAGACUACCUGGUCUCAGUGUGUGAAUCUGAAAGAGUCUCCUCUUACUGCUCCUAGUUUCUCUACCCAACCCUUGGCUCCUCUUUUCCCAGACACAAAUACCAGGAUUUAAAAAUAGUGAAGGGAUUAGAGUCCAAGUGCAGUGGUAAAAGCCAGAACCAUUUACUUUGCAUUGAACAGCAGGGGCAAGAUGGAAAGGGCACACCAUCUGUCACCACCAGUGCUAGAGAGAUGGCUGUUGGCAUAUAAUUAUAUUGUUGGCUUAUUUUAGUUCAUCUGUCCAAUAAUAAUAAUAAUAAUAAAAAAUCUAUCAGGCAAA